CUUUUAUCCUACAAACGCAAUAGUACAUUUAAGGCGUAAUAUAUAAACUAAAGGAAAAUGAAAGAAAAGAGUUUUCAACUACAGAUUUUAUAGUCUAAUCACAUCCGUGUUUAAAUCUGAAUGUAAUCUCGUACCCGUUUUUGCACUGUAUUGUUGACCAUGUAAACCAAAAUUAGGAUUAUUUUCAUCUUUUGUGUGUUCUUGUUUAAAAUACACAAUUGUUGGAUAUUACGUUUACGAUGUCACAGUGUUCUUUUUAAGCAACACGUAGUUUUAAAAUGUAACUGCAAAACUACAUUCCUGCACAAAAGUUAAAAAUUGACGUCGAGAACGUCAGACAUAUUACAACGUCACGUGGAAGUAUGAAAUUGUAUGACGUUUUUCUGUUCAAACAUGUUCAAGUACAUUUAUUCAUGAAUUAGGUAAUGUGAGUUAACUCUAUACACAGUAUAUAGUAUUUAAAUAAAUGAAAUCACAUCAGCAAAGCCAGAACAAUAUUUCUACGCAAUGUCUGUCGUCAGGCCAAGGAAACACCAUCAGCUACGAGAUUCUCUGACAACAACCAGUACCGCGUAUAAACUGAAUUGUACGCUUGAUCAACGUUGAAUCAAACCUUACAAGAUGCCAAACUACGAAACCUGUGAUAUCUUAAGCAUGCUGGACGUAUGAGACAUGUUAACAAAGAACAUUAGCUAUGUCAGUGACAAAUGCGAGCGUGGAAAUAACAACGGCAAAAUGGUUUGAUAAUGUAACAAGUACCUUGAACGAGUCUGAAAAUGUAACGUUGCCGGCAGAUCCAAAUUUGUAUGAAGUUAUUGCUAUUUCGGUAGUCGUAGGAUUUUUGGCAAUCUUUACAAUGGCGGGUAAUUUAUUAGUUAUCAUAGCUUUUAAAAUUGACAAACAACUUCAGACAAUCAGCAACUGCUUUCUUCUUAGUCUUGCAGUGGCAGAUUUUACGAUCGGUCUAGUGUCAAUGCCCCUUUAUACUUUAUAUCUUUUGAUGGGCUAUUGGCCUCUUGGAACACUCCUAUGCGACUUAUGGCUGUCACUUGAUUACACAAUGAGUAAUGCGUCGGUUGCAAAUUUGCUCAUUAUUUGUUUUGAUAGAUAUUUAUCUGUGACAAGACCACUUACAUAUAGAGCUAACAGGACGCCCAGAAAAGUGGGUAUCAUGAUAGGAUGUGCUUGGUUAGUGUCCGUCCUACUAUGGACACCAUGGAUAUUUGCUUGGCCUCAUAUUGAAGGGAAACGAACUGUACCCGAUACAGAAUGCUAUAUACAAUUUUUGACAACAAAUGCUAUAAUAACCAUAGCAACGGCACUUGCGGCAUUUUACAUUCCAGUGUCAAUUAUGACAAUUUUAUAUUAUAAGAUAUACCGAGAAACGGAAAAAAGACAGAAAAGAAUGCCUAUGCUUCAGGCUUCAUCCAAGUUUGUUUCUAAGAGAAAAUCACGUACUCCAAGUAGUAACUCUGGUGAAUUUCGAAGCUCUACAUAUCGCAGUAAUGAUAAUAUGUCUCCUUACAUGGACGAUGAAAUAGAAGAACCAGAGCAUCGCCCCGGAGAUCACAGCUCUGUGUUUCAUCGUUGUUGUUGUUGUUGUAGGAUGAUUGACAGGGAUUAUGAACAAACCGAGGAAUCUAGUACGAGCGAUUCCCCGACUUCGCCAAAUUCAACUCCAUCAAACUUGCAUAAUUUUGUAUCUAACCGUGUAACAAAUAGAUACCGUGCAAUCUCAAAUCGUAAAUGUCAAAGUAAUGGCAUACCUAGUAGUGUUUCUGUGUCAUUCCCACUGCAAUCAAUUGAUACUAAAAAUAACUGUAAAAAUGAAAGGACUGGUGAAUUUCAUGACAGUGCCUCAGAAUCCCGUUUGCAGGAGCCUUUACUGCACGACGAUUACACGUACACUAUUCUCAUAGACUUCCACAAAAGGGACACAAGUGAUAAUGAAAUGAAACCUUCUGUAACGAUGUAUACAGACUUAGUCGCAUCUGACGACAAUCAUUCCGACAACGGAAACGCACAUAUUACCGAAAAUGUUGGUAAGCAUUCCAAAAGAACAAAAAAUCCAGAAAAGACAAUGUCUUUAUAUUCAGCAUGCGAAAGUGAAAUUGAGGAAGAACCGAAAUCAAACUUUAAACAUCAGAAAUCAUCACGGACUAUCAGUGACAGUUCGGUACCAUUAAGGAUAGGUACUCCCGCUCUUGGGCGACGCGCCAAAUCUUUAGACGCAGCAAAAACUGCGUCUGAAGCACACCUUGCAUAUAAAGUUGUUAACAAAAUGGAAAGUCAACGUGUCAGAAGGAAGCGCCAGGAAAGACGCCAAGAGAGGAAAGCAGCCAAAACACUAAGCGCCAUACUUCUUGCCUUUAUAAUCACUUGGACACCUUAUAAUAUAUUCGCCGUAGUAUCAACGUUCUGUUUGACGUGUAUACAUCCCACGUUAUACGCUUUCGGUUAUUGGUUGUGUUACAUUAACUCUACAGUAAAUCCAUUGUGUUACGCACUGUGCAAUGCUAACUUCCGCAAGACGUUCUGGAAAAUACUUAGAUGCAAGUGUCAGAAAGUGAAAUACGGGAUGUCAUUUAGAAAAAAUACCAGAUAAAGCCUACAGAGCGGACAUAAUUUAUAGUUUUCUUUUCUGUUCUGGAUUUGGAUUAGACAUAUAUGUUCUGCUUUAAAGGAAUAGAAUGGAAUAGUGUUUAGAAAUAUUCGGAACGUGCUAUAGAUGGUAGUGGGGCUCGAUGAAUAGUCCAUCUAUACAGUAUUCGAAAAGUCACCGUAGUGUUUCAGUUCAGUAUGGAUGCUUACAAAAGAUCUGCGAUUCGGUUUAAAUCGCCGUUUUAUAUUAUUUGACUGACACAAUUGUUCAAUUGUUAUUACAUCUUUUUGAAAUUAAAACUGGUCCCAAAGAAACACAUCUCUAGUUAAAGUAUUUGGAAAACUGUACAGGAUAUAAGAGUGAUAUAUUUAUGUGUAACGGAUUACCUUACUUUGAGAACGUUUUUCCACAAGCAUUAGCAUUUGAUUUUUAAAAGGUUUUGCCUAAUAUUCAGUAACUUAGUAUCGUAAAUGACACUGGUUAUUCCUAAAAGAUAAUAAACAACACAAAUAUGCUUUAUAUUGUAUUUAUUUGAUUGUAUUAAACUGUAUGUGUGUUCUACAAUGUCUGUUGAACAGGACAUCAUAUGACAAUUAAAUCUAAUUUAUUUAUCUUAA